AUGCUGCGUUGGACCGGUGGCAGUAAAGCACGCGCAAGUUUUCGACAAGGUACUAUACCCAAUAAUAAUAAUAAUAAUAAUAAUAAUAAUAAUAAUAAUAAUAAUAAUAAUAAUACUAUUAAUAAGAGAAGGAACCAUAAUAAUGUGUAUAAGGGAAUGUAUACAGAGAAAUUAUCAUUGGCGGACACACGACCAUUACCAGUAUCACAUGCACAACCCUCACAAUGUCUAUCUAAUCGAAGAGAACACUCUCUACAGGACGAAAUACACAAACGUCAUCGUAACAGUGAAAAUGGUCCCGUUCCCCUUUCACAAGUGAAGUUAUUUGCAGAACCUCAUUCCUCACUUAAUAGUAGCAGUGAGGAAUCACGCAAUCACAGAAAGAGAGAGACAUCCAAUUCCUCAUCCACAUCUAAAGAAAGUGGACGUGGUGUGGAUUGUAUGGCACUCAAUUGGUCUUUAAAAGGUGCUUCUUCUCCUCCUCCUCCUCCUCCUCCUCCUCCAACUACAUCUACAAUGGGACCAACAACAAUAAGUGAUUCAUUACAAAAAUAUGAAACUCCAGGAUUUUCAGAAAGUGGCACAAUAGAAACAUCACAAUUCCCACCACCAAUAUCACGUCCAUUGGAGAUUUUUUCACAUUCCGUAACACACAGGCCUUAUGAAGUAAAUGAUAAUAUCUAUACAAGCACUGGAGAAGUGGUAUUCCCUCAUCACAGUUCUAUCUAUACAGAAGAGCCUACAGCACUCCCAGGAGACUCUAUGGAUCAUUAUAAUAUCCCGUCGGCUGCGAAGUGGACGGGAUCCUCCUCCUCUUGUACACCGCCGUUCCCUUUUGUUUUUGAAGAAGAACAAAAGGGAUGGCCACAAGAUGCUGCAGAGAUGUGGACUCCGCAAAAGAAGUCCGUAUGGCAAUCUAUGAAUUCCACUGAAGAUGGACAACAACAACAACAACAACAACAACAAUUAGAAGGGAGAAGAGGUUUUUUUUCUUCACAACGGACAUGGAAUGAUUCGGAGAUGAAUCCAACUUCACAGUAUAUGGUUCACCGGCCGUCUAUCACAUCAUUUAGUCCAACCCCCGGACCAGGAGAUAUACAUGGAUGGAGUGAUGAGUCUGUUACUAUAGUUGCAAAUGGAGAGGGUUUUCCAUCUACUUAUCUUGGUGAAAAUUACGCCAUGUCUUUAAUGGGAAGUGGUGCCAACUAUCCUACUACUACUUCUGCUGCUGCUGCAACUGCAACUGCUGAGGGUAUGUUCACAGGUAGAGGCAAUGCUAAUAAUACUAAUAAUAAUAAUAGUAAUAGCAGAACUUAUUGGUUACCCGGUCCCCCUGAAGGAUAUACCGGUAUUCCUGGUCAAAGAUAUAAUAUACCCAAUCAGGAUUUUUCACUACCAUACACACCGUCUAUGAUUUGUUAUUCAAGUGAAGAGAUCAUUCCAUCACAGUCAAUACCAGCAAUGGCUUUAACAGCAGCACCUUCUCUUCCUUCUGAUUAUUCCAGUUCCAUUCCAGUCUACGUACCACCAAGAAAAACACCUAAUCAACAAAUCUCUACAGCCGCCCGUAUAUGGCCAGUGGGAGAGGAGGAUAAUAUCUCCUUUUCACCGGUAAAGUACACCACACCCUACAAUCAUAUGGAAAUAGAAGAAGUACAACAGAGAGACAGUAGUACUUAUUAUCCUAAUACAAUAGUAGCAGCAACACUGGCAGAGGCAGCAGCAACAGCUCUUUUUAGUGGUGGUAUACGUAGUGGACAACCGUUGAAUCUAUCUGGUGAAAUUGUUUCUGCAAGGUAUCAGGCAUUUCAGCGCCGACACCGUAAAGGUUAA